AUGGGAAGGGGAAGGCCGAAGAGAAUUGUUCCUACGAUUGCUGCAAUGGGAAGAUUUAGUGACGAAGACUCCAAUUCAGAAGACUGGUAUCAAGUUGGAGGAAAUGGAAAUGAAGGAGAAGCAAGGAAAACAACUCCACUAGCUACUGAUGCAGAUGAUAAAGGUCAGAAACAGUGGACAAACCUAUUUGUAGGCUCAACUUAUGCAACAAAAGGUAUGGAUCUGAGCUAUAUUGCACCUAUUACCAAAAAUGGCGAGGUUAGAGUAGAACUGUGUAAGGAAGAGAUUGAAGUGGAAACUCAGAAAUGGAAAUUAGCUCUAAUUUUGUACGUUGUUGGUGGUAGUCCAACAAUAGGUGCAAUGGAGAGAUACAUAGCUUCGGUUUGGAACUUUGUAUCCAAACCUAAGGUCUAUUUUCAUAAUGAUGGGUACUUCGUGGUUAGAUUCAAUUCAAUAAAGGAUCGAGAUGAGGUUCUAUACUCAGGACCUCAUAUGUUGAAUAACAAACCAAUUAUUGUCAAAGUGUGGUCGGGUGAUUUUGAUUUUAACAAAGAGGUACUACAGACCAUAGCAGUGUGGGUAAAGUAUCCAAAUUUGCCACUGAAUUAUUGGGGUAAUAGAGCAUUAAGCAGAAUAAGUAGUGGAUUAGGAGUUCCAUUAUAUGCUGAUACCUGUACUACUCAGGUUGAUAGGGUCUCAUAUGCAAGGGUGUUAGUGGAAAUGGAUGUGACUAAGGAGCUGCCUAAAUCAAUCAAAGUGACUGAUCCUAAUGGAAGGGAGUUUGUCCAAGAAGUAGCUUAUGAUUUGGUGUCUGAGUUCUGUAUUAAAUGCAUGCAGGUUGGUCAUCAAUGUAGAAUGGUGGAACAACCUAAGAUGAGGAAUAAGAGUACUAAGCAGAAGCAGGAGUGGCAACCAAAGGUGAUACCUAAAGCAAAGGAACCAGUUGUGAUGGAACAAUCACAAGGAAGAGUGAUUAGCAAUGAAAAGAAUGUUAGUUCAAAUGCAAGUAUAUCAGGAAUUGAGGAACAAAAGUGGCAAACUGUUAUAGGGAAAUCAGCAGCAAGAAAGUCUAAGAUGCAGAUAGAACUACCAAGCCAGGUUGGAGAGGGAACUAGUAGACAGCUAGGUGAUGCAGGGCAGGAAGGGGCUACUCAAACUCUGUUUAUACCAGUAUGA